UAAUGAUCAAACAUAAAGAGAAUUGUCUGGAACUGAAGAGUUUAAAGUAAUCUAUUGACUUCUGGCUAUUUGAUGAAACUUCAGAUUGGGCUUUAAACAGACAACAUGCAAUAUGAGGAAUGGGAUCCAGCCAGAAAGAAGUGAUUGAGCAGUAAAGGCAAUCAAAAGUCCAGAGGAUUUGAUUUCAAAGCACACCACAAAUUUCAAAGAAAGCAAAUCUACAUGAAGAGCUACAAAGGGAAUUGAUUUGAGAAGAUACAACAUUUGCAAAAAUGUCUUCAAGUUGUGUGACUUCAGUGUUUGCUUUGAUGGUUUUGUGCUUUGCAGCUGCAGUGGGAUUCUGGAGAGCAGAAAAGAACCUCAAGGGUGCAUUAGUUAGUCCUGUGCCUCUCAAUGAAUGUGUCUUAUCGCCUGUUAACAAUUCACAUCCAGUCCAUGCCUUAUUGGAAAGUUUUACAGUCUUAUCUGGCUGUGCAAGCCGGGGCACGACGAGCCUGCCACAAGAAGUGCACAUCCUCAAUCUCAGAAACCCUGAGGAGGGUCUUGGCCAUCAUGAAAGAGAGGUCACGUUACAUUUGAAUCCAAUUUCAUCAGUGCAUAUUCACCAGAAGCCUUUGGUGUUUCUUCUCAACUCUCCUUUGCCUUUGGUCUGGAAGCUAAAAACAGAAAGACUGGCACCUGGAAUCCGAAGAGUUUUCUUCGUGUCUUUAGGUUCCGUUGUUCAGUUUGAGAAGGGAAAUUUCUCCUUGUCAGCAGAAACAGAAGAAAAGUUUUUUCCUGAGAAGAAUGAACAUCUGCUACAGUGGGCCCAGAAGGAAUAUGGAGCAGUAACAUCUUUCACGGAACUUAAAAUAUCAAGAAACAUCUAUAUUAAAGUAGGAGAAGAUCAAGUUUUUCCUCCCUCGUGCAACAUUAAAAAGAAUUUUCUCUCUUUAAAUUACCUUGCGGGAUACCUUCAACCAAAGCCAGCAGAGGGGUGCCUUAUGUCUAACUUAGUCCAAGAAAGAGAAGUUCAUAUCAUUGAACUAAGCACUCCAAAUUCCAAUCCUAACAGUGCUCUCCAGGUGGAUAUAAUCGUUGACAUUAAACCAUCUCAACCAGGCGCCAGACUUGUCAGAGAUGUCGUACUUAUCCUCAAGUGUAGAAAGUCUGUCAACUGGGUUAUCAAGUCUCAUGAUGUCCAGGGAAAGCUGGAAGUGAUUACAUCAAAUAGUAUUGGGUUUGGAAAGGAAACAGAGAGAUCCAUGACUAUGAGUAAAUCAGUAAUACCUGAUAUUCCCUCAUCGCAUGAGAGUUUGAUCAAGUGGGCUUAUGAGCAUAACUAUAGUCCAGUUACUUCCUACACAAAAGCCCCUGUUGCUAACAGAUUUCAUCUGCAACUUGAAGAUACAGAGAUGAAUGAUGAAGAAGACCAUUCCCUUCCUCCAGAGCUGACAGAAUUGCUGGGAGCUAACCCACUGCCUGCUCCAAAGAAUCCCACGUUAAGUGAUGGCCUGACUUUUCCAUUUCACAUUAACAGAGGAAGGCAUGAUACAGUGGGAGAAGAAAUCUUCCCAUCCAGGCAUUCAGUAGAUACAUUAAUAAAUCAUGACUUUGGACAUUCCCUCUCAAAACAUAAAGAACCGGAAGAGGUUCAGGGCAGUGCUGAUGUGGCCCUGUCGAUAAAGUGUGAUGACAAAGCCAUGACAGUAGCCGUAGAAAAAGAUGCUCUGCAGGCCAGUGGCUACACCCGGACAGAGCUCUCGCUGCUGGAUCACUCUUGCAAAGCCAGGAUGAAUGGCACCCAUUUCAUUUUGGAGUCUGCACUGAACAAAUGUGGGACUCGGACAGCAUAUAUCUUGAACAAGAUUGUUUAUUUUAACUCUAUUGUCAUUCAGCUGUCAUCACCAGCUGAAGGCAGUGGCUUUGAUGAUGAUGACAUGGAAUCAGGUGAUAAUGGAUUUCCAGGGGAUACUGAUGAGGGAGAUGUUUCUUUCUCAAGCUGGCCUGAAAUAGCGUUUAAUUGCACGCUGCACCAGCCAGAGGAUGACAGAGGCAUAUUUUGGCCUCCUGAACCACACAUCACCAAUGUUACCUUCAACAUGGAGCUGUACAAAACAGAUUUGUUCCUUGCUCCCUCCCAAGGACUCUUCUCUGUUGCUGAGAAUGGGCCGAUAUAUGUAGAGGUGUCUCUGACUAAAGCUGACAGAUCCUUGGGCUUUGCCAUUCAAACAUGCUUUGUUUCCCCGUUUUCAAAUCCAGAUAGAAUGUCUGACUAUACCAUUAUAGAAAACAUUUGUCCUAAAGAUGAAUCUGUUAAAUUCUACAGUACUGAGAAGGUGAACUUUCCAAUACCACAUGCACAGAGGGACAAAAAAAGAUUUAGCUUUGUGUUUAAACCAAUGUUCAACAUCUCACUGCUCUUUCUUCACUGCGAGUUGACUUUGUGUACAAAUAAAGACAAAGAUACUCAAGGACUGCCAAAGUGCAUUCCUCCUGAUGAAGCUUGCACCUCUCUCAAUGUGGAUAUGAUCUUGGCCAUGAUGCACAACAAGAAAACCUUCACCAAGCCCCUUGUAAUAACACAUGAAGGAAAACAAGAAGAUCCUUCACUUCCAAAGCCAAAUGUGAGACAGCCACCUGUGUUCUACGGGCUGGACACGCUGACUGUGGUGGGCAUUGCCUUUGCAGCCUUUGUGAUCGGGGCCCUGCUGACGGGAGCGCUCUGGUUCAUCUACUCUCGCACAGGGGAAACAACAGGAAGACAGCAGGUCCCUACAUCCCCGCCAGCGUCCGAGAACAGCAGUGCAGCUCACAGCAUCGGCAGCACACAGAGCACCCCCUGCUCCAGCAGCAGUGCCACCUAACCCGGGGGGACACAGCUGAGGAGCAACAUAGGAGCACAUAGGUUCCAAGGACUGUGUGUGGACAUCAGCUUUUUAAAGUUAAAAGGGUUGUUUUGGUUGCUUCUGAAAAAAACGAGAAGGAAUUUUUCUACAGGAGAAAAAAAAAAAGACUGAUUUUGAUUUGGGGAAGCCACUGUGUGUGUGAGUGUGUAUAUGAGCACACAAUGCAUGAGUGAACACAGCCUGUUGGAUCUUGUUAACAUGUUAUGCUACAUGUGACAAAGCUACUAAUUUUACAGUACUGCAACCUGUUCUGGGGGUUUGUGGGCCCCUCAAUGUGAAGUCUAUGCCAGUUUGGAAAAAUGCUGCUUUGUCUAUACAAUUUUUUUCUUUCCCUGAACCUUCUCAUUGACACAAAGUAUUCAUUAAGGGAAUUCAAUCAUAGAAUGGUUUGGGUUGGAAGAGACCUUAAAGAUCAUCUAGCUACAAACCCCCUGCCAUAGGCAGGGAUACCUUCCACUAGACCAGGUUGCUCAGGUGGUGUCCAGUGUGGCUUUGAAAACACUUCCAGGGAUGGGACAUCCACAACUUCUCUGGGCAGC